ACUUUAAAAUAACUAGUCUAGACUACCAAGCUUGUGCUUAGUGACUAGCAUUGAAUGCGAUCUGAGGUACACCGUGAUGCGAUAGGUCUGGUUGUAAAACUAAAAAUAAUUUUUUAAAUAAAUUGUGGUAGCGAACUCCAAAAAUUAAGGUUUAACUAAGUUGAAAAACACCCAGCAUUUUCUUUGGAGAACUAGCUAGGCUAUGUAGUGGAUACCUUGCAUCCCUUGAUGGUCCAUCAGUACUAGUAGAUACUAGCAUGUGUUUGAUGAUGAUGUCUCAUUGUGCCUGGGUGUUGAUUGAAGGUACAGUAUUGUAGAUGUAUGAAUAGUUUAGAAGCUGGCUGGGUACCCAAUACAAGUUUAACUUACUGUAUUUGCUCUUCUGAAAUUGCAUAUUUAGAAAGUGUACAAUGUCAAUGAAUAUGUAUUGAUGUUUUUGAAAUACCUGAUUGAUUGAUUGGUUGGUUGCUGUGUGAUGAAGUGUUGUAAAGUUAAGGACACUAUGAAUUACUUGCGUGAAAUAUGUUGUAUCAAGUGUCGCAUUGUGUGACAGCAGCAGAGUGUAAAUCACGCAAUGCAUCAUCCCUCCUGUCUAUGUGUUUGCUGUGGAUUAACAUUCGCUGCACUGGAACUAGAACAUUGCUGCUUUGCAUCCACUCAAAUUCAGGUGAAGCUUCCAAAAUAUAAUGUAUUCUCGAAAUAGAUCAAGAUAAAAAACGUGUAGUGUAGUAGUAGUAGCAGCAUACUAUGGAACUUACAGGGGAAGAAUUUCUAGUUUCGAUCCAUCAAGUGAAAAUGAGUCGUUUGUCUUAAUGGCUCUGUUUCAUGCUGUGGAGGAAGGGAACUUAGUGGGUAUCAAGGAGUUGGUUACAACUUUGACAUCUUUUGAUCCAGAUCAAAAGAACAAGCAUGGGGAGACAAGUCUGCACGUUGCAGCUGGUUGUGGGUACGUGGACAUUGUCAGGUUCCUUCAGUCGAAGUCUGCCUCUUUGAAUGCAAAAGAUAAAAGAGGUGAUACACCUGUACAUUGGGCUGCUAGGCAUGGCCAUACAGCCGUUGUGGAAUAUUUGAGACAAGAACAAUGUCCGAUAAAUGAACAAAAUAAAGCUGGUGAGACUGCUCUGCAUGUGGCUGGUCGCUAUGGGCAGGCUGAAGGUGUUGACCAUCUAUGUCACCUUGGUGUAGAUACAGACGUUCAAGAUGAUGAUGGUGAAACUGCCUUACACAUCGUUGCCUGGCAUGGCUACAGUAAUAUCGUUCAAACUAUAUGUGAUGCUGGUGCAAAUCUUAACCUCAAAAAUAAGGAUGGUGAGACACCCCUCUUGUGUGCUUCUGCUAGAGGACAUCUUGACAUUGUUAAAAUUCUUGUAAGAGCAGGAGCUAGACUUGACAGUCCAGACCGACAUGGACUUUGUGCAAUACAUCUUGCCGUUAGACGGAAUCAUUAUGACAUUACUAAAUUCCUUUGUGAGUCGGGAUGCAACACUAACUUGAGAGACAAGUUUGGUGAGACAGGUCUUCAUGUCGCAUGCAGAGAUGGUAAUAUUGAGUUGGUACAGUUACUGCACAGUGCUUGCUGUGGAUUGGAUACUGCUAACAAGCAUGGUGUUACUGCUGUACAAAUGGCAGUGAAACAUGGGCAUAUAGAAGUUGUACGUUUUCUAUGUAUGGCUGGAUGUCGUCUAGAACAUUGUAAUGACGAUGGAUUGACUGCGGCUCAAAUAGCAGGCAUAGAAGGCCACGAUGAACUUGUGGAGAUGUUAAAGCAAUUACAAGGGAGUCGUACGAGGGAGCUAUUUAUUCAUCAAAUGCAAACUGUCACAGCGCCACUUCCCCGCAUUAAGUUGCGGUUGUUUGGGCAUUCAGGUGUUGGAAAAAGCACUUUGAUAGAUUCACUUAAGUGCGGUAUGUUGAAAGGCUUCCUAAAACGCUCCAAGUCCAAUCUGUCACUCUUAGGACGGAAUUCCUCACGGAAACAACCCUCCUUGAAUGAAAGUUUGGCAAGAAGUAGAAGACAUAGCUCAAUGUCAUCUGUAAAAACCAACACAGAUUACAACAGUACCAAAGGUAUUGAAAUAACCAGUGCCAGCAUACCAGGAGCUGGUGAGUUCAGUAUUUGGGAGUUCUCUGGAGCAGAGCCUUUCCACAUUUCCCAUCAUCAUUUUAUCGAUCAUGGAAGCAACAGCAUUAAUGUGAUAUGUUUCAGUCUAUAUGACUCUUUUGAAGAGCAAGUUGAGCAAGUGACAUAUUGGUUGAAUUACAUUAAGUCAACAUUACCAGCAAAUGAGCCUAUAGGAUAUUGUGGAAAAUAUUCAAAUCAACUUCGAAUCUUGCUUGUUGCUACUCAUGCUGAUCUUCGCAGCUGCCCAAAAUUGUCGUCCGGAGAAAGUGUCAGCGGCGAAGGCAACAUCAUUCUGUAUCAAAUGAAGAAACGCUUUGGUCGUUUGUUUGACAUCAGUGAGAUGUUGUUUGUAAUGGACACUAAAAACCCUCAGUCAAAGGACAUGAAGCUCCUACGACAGCAUCUUGGCAAUACAAAAAAUGCUAUUGUUCAGAAUGAGCCAUACAUGACUGUAUUGUGUGAAUCAGUUGUGAUAGCACUGAAUAGUUGGAGAAAGUCUUACGCCGACUUCCCUGUGAUGUCAACCCAGCAGCUGGUUGACGUAAUUCAUUCUGAUGUGAAUCCAUUAGCCAAUGAUGUCCAGCUUAAAGAAGUGAUUCAGCAGUUGAAGUCAAUGGGUGAGGUACACCACUUUAAGAAUGAACUCCUGCAUGACUUACUAGUCAUUGAUCCACGAUGGAUGACCUCAUCAGUGUUGGGUCAAUUGCUGUCUUUUGAAUUCUCUGAUCAGCCAUUUGGUUUAUACAGCAUCCACUAUAUGCAGUCACUCUUUCCUCAAGCUGAUGCCAUGGAUAUCAUUCAGCUCCUUGAAGCUAUGGACAUAUGUGUGCAUGAAGCAGUGUGUGAGUUUCCUUCCCUUCUUCAUACAAACCGUCCACAAUUCAUUUGGGAGAAGCAGGAUGGGUCUGGUUUAGUUUAUGGAGGCACCCGACUUCAACUGUCAGACAGUGGUUGCGUUUUACCGAUUGGUGCAUUUGCGGAAAUACAGGUCUCCUUGCGUAAGAACUUUCACCAGGAUGUUGAUGAUCCUGAAACCGAACUUAUUUUAUGGCGCCACGGUGCUAAGUGUUCAACUGCAUCAAUGGAAGCAUUGUUGACACUUACAAAUGAAGGACAGAGUGUGGAGAUUGUUGUCAGAGGUUUGGAGGAAGCACAGCAAGGUUGCUUUGUGUUUAUGGAAGAUUUUGUCCACUUGGUUGAACAGGUGUUUGCAGAGUUAUAUCCAGGUUUGAUGUUGAACCGUGACGUUAUCAGUGCAGCUCAAUUAAAGGAGCAUCACAGAUGCAUGAUGGUCUAUGAAGGUAGAAAGAUCUACAAGGCUCUACGAGAUCACCAAGUCAGUAUGUACAAUGAAGUCACAGAAACAAGCGAGUACUUUAUGGAUUUACUUUUUUUUGGUAGUACAGAAAUUGACACAAACAUCAUAUCAGGACCAUAUCUUCAUGUGUCUCAGCUACAUCCAUAUACCCUCAGGCAGUUAAGUAUGCUCUUAGACCCUCCAGAUCCAAUGGGGAAAGAUUGGUGUCUAUUAGCAGUAACCAUUGGCUUGGUAGAAAAGAUUCCAGAGCUGGAUACUACUGACAGACCGUUCAGUAAGGAUGAGUCAGACAGCCCUACUGUUAGAACAUUAGUAGAAUGGGGUGUGGAUCCCGAAAAUACUGUUGGAAAACUGAUAGAGCACCUGAAUGACCUUGUACGUGAUGAUGCUGUUAGGGUCAUCUUAGAGACUGCGCCAUUAUUCAGAUUUGUACCUGAAACUCAAGUGAGUGAGGAAGCUCAAAGAACGAGCACUGCUUCAAGUAGCAGUGUGGUAUCCAGGUGACUAAUGGUGUCAAGGUGAUGAUUAGUCUCUUAAGUAUUGAUCAGAUAGAUAUCCUAUGAGGACCAGUAAGUCUGAUGAAGCCUUACCACUUGAUUACUAAUUACUAGGUGACAGCUUAUGUAUCAAAGAAAUGACUGAUGUCCACCUGAUUGUUGCCUGGUAUCGAGGUAACAAAUAGAAUCUAGGUGAUGAUUUUGUACCUUAGUAUUAAUCGGGUAUUAUAUGAGGAAUAUAAUAAUUGGAUUACUGGUUACUCUGACAGCUUACAAUAAUAUUGACAUCUGUAUUAUCUAUGGUGUUUGAUGUGUGUAAAUUCAGCAUCUUACAUCCGUAUGUAUAAGAGGCACUUUAUAGAUUCUUAUUGAUAUUAUAUCAUCAUCAUCACUAUCAAGAUGAUGAUGUGAUCUAUUAUUAUUAUUAUUAUUAUUAUUUAUUAUUAUUAUUAUUAUUAUUAUUAUUUAUUAUUAUUAUUACAGUAUUAUUAUAUUG